AUGACACGGACCUACUUUCGGGUCACCGCGGCCUGCGGUACCGCCUCCCGCCUGGGUCCAAUGUGCGCGGGGGCUUUGUCUCCAACCGCUUGGGAACUGACCAAUAGGAACGUUAGAAUAGGACUGACAGUUCCUGAAGCCUCUCGGCAAUACCUUUGUCACCCGACUCCCGCCCCCUCCUCCGAAGAUCCUAGACAGGUGUGCCCGCCCCUCGCCGCCGGAGCCAAUGGGCGCAGGGGGCGGGGAUUGUUUACGUCCUGCUCCCGGGCGGAAAGUGGGUCAGGGCCGGGCCGGCGGAGCGCGCAGCGGGGGCUGCAGAUUCUUUCCACCAUGGCCAGACGCCCCCGGAACAGCAGGGCCUGGCACUUCGUCCUGAGUGCAGCCCGCCGAGACGCAGAUGCCCGGGCCGUGGCUCUAGCAGGCUCCACUAACUGGGGCUACGACUCUGAUGGGCAGCACAGCGACUCGGACUCCGACCCCGAGUGCUCCGCGCUGCCGCCAUCCAUCCCCAGUGCGGUGCCCGUGACCGGCGAGUCCUUCUGUGACUGUGCUGGGCAGAGUGAGGCCUCCUUCUGUAGCAGCCUGCACUCGGCCCACCGGGGCAAGGACUGCCGCUGCGGAGAGGAAGAUGAAUAUUUCGACUGGGUCUGGGAUGACUUGAAUAAGUCGUCAGCUACCCUGCUGAGCUGUGACAACCGUAAGGUCAGCUUCCACAUGGAGUACAGCUGCGGCACAGCGGCCAUCCGGGGCACCAAGGAGCUGGGGGAGGGCCAGCACUUCUGGGAGAUCAAGAUGACCUCGCCCGUCUAUGGCACUGACAUGAUGGUGGGCAUCGGGACGUCGGAUGUGGACCUCGACAAAUACCGCCACACAUUCUGCAGCCUGCUGGGCAGGGAUGAGGACAGCUGGGGCCUCUCUUACACGGGCCUCCUCCACCACAAGGGCGACAAGACCAGCUUCUCGUCGCGGUUUGGCCAGGGCUCCAUCAUUGGCGUACACCUGGACACCUGGCAUGGCACGCUAACCUUUUUCAAGAAUAGGAAGUGCAUAGGCUGGCCCCUCCCUUCCAGGUGUGGCAGCCACCAAGCUGUGGAACAAGAGCUUCUACCCGAUGGUGUGCUCCACGGCGGCCCGGAGCAGCAUGAAGGUCACCCGCUCCUGCGCCAGCGCCACCUCCCUCCAGUACCUCUGCUGCCACCGCCUGCGCCAGCUGCGACCAGACUCGGGGGACACGCUGGAGGGUCUGCCGCUGCCGCCAGGCCUCAAGCAGGUGCUAUACAACAAGCUGGGCUGGGUCCUGAGCAUGAGUUGCAGCCGCCGCAAGGCUCCGGUGUCCGAUCCCCAGGCGGCGACCUCGGCCCACCCCAGCAGCCGCGAGCCUCGGCCCUGCCAGAGGAAGCGCUGCCGCCGGACCUGACUCACUUCCCAGUGGAACUGCCUUCUUGGGCUGGGACAGCCGUUUUCUCUGUCCCUUCCUUCCAGCCACACUCCAGGGCAGAGUUGGAUGAGGCCCGUCUGGAGGGAGCCAUCUCUUGCUCCCGAGGCUGGGACAGUCCUUUCUGUGGGGAUUCUAGGGCCCCUCUGCUGCUGUGCUGGGUGGGGAAGCGGCUGCGCUGAGCCCCAGGUCUUGUGGGAGGCUGCGAGGAGGAGAGCCUGUGGAACCCGCGUUGCUGUUCCCACAGGGCCUCGGUUGUUCCUAACUUGCUCUGCAUGCUGUCAGCGGCCGCCCUGCUGUCAUAGACUUAAAGGACUGCAAUAAAUGUAGAGUUGACGUCUAACACCCA